AUGGUCUUUUGUGUUACUUGCGACAGGAGCUUCAAUAGUUACGAGGCAUACAGACAACACGCCCGAGACAAGAAGCAUGAGUACAAACCAUACCAGUGCGACACUUGUGACGUGGGACACGCCACCCAGGAUGAUUUGAAAGGGCACUACCGCACUAGCGAUGACCAUCCCUCGUGCGCUCGAUGUCCCGAAGCCUUCAAGGACCAGGCCCAACUUACCGCGCAUAUGACGGCAAUUCACUACAUCAAGUGCAACCCAUGCAACCUCACCUUCUACCGGGAAGACAUUCAGCUGCACUUCAGAGAGUCGGCAAAUCACCCCACAUGCGUCGUGUGUGGUGAUGGCUUUGAGACCGAUGUUCUUCAUCAGCAGCACACGACAUCAGCGCAUACCGACACACGAUGCGCACCCUGCAGUCGACUCUUCCGCACCAAGGAAUCUCUGCGGGAUCAUUACAGGGAUUCUCCCGCACAUCCGCACUGCGCUAUCUGUGGAGUUGGAUUCGAGAACGACGAGGCGUGCGAUGCACAUAUGACGCAGAACCAUCCUCCUCGGCGCGUCAUAGCCUCACCACCUCCCAGCAUCCGAACGCAAGUUGAGGCUAUACAGGACGCCGAUACCGUGUUGUCUGUUGCCACCACGCAGCUGCAGUCCUCGCAAUCUCCUCCUCUCCAGCCGUGUGACGACAACAGCAUAAGUCCUGAUGAGCCGCAGUCCGUCCUUCACCAGAGCACAAUGUCCGAGUAUUCUCACAGCAGCGCGCUGCGUACGGUCUCGGAGCCAGCCUUGCCCGCUGCUUCCUCUCUCGUCGGGGGUAACUUCGCGAACCAUGUGCCAGACAACAGACCAGCAUCUGAUGUAUCGCCGCCCUCGCUCACCUGUGUCGAACAAGACGAGGCAAGUAUACCGGGUAUCUCGUGCAACACGACUCCGAUUAUGUCUCAAAGGUCCCUAGAGUACACAGCAACAGGGAGCAUCGCUACGCAUCUGACGGGAAAUCCAACAGCGUCUCCUGUAUCUCAGGGUACCUUGGACUUUGUCUCAUUCCCGGGUUUGAGGGAAGAAAGUGCUCUCUCUGAGUCAUCUAUGUCGACGAGCUCUCUACACAUGUCUGAUCUAGUAUCGGAGACCAAAUCACCCGCAUUCGAGGAAGCUUCUCCUACACACUCUGUUCGACCUCUUCCGCUAUACCACAAUCCUAGUAGAGUGUCGCUCUCCCUUUCUGAGGCUCACCUGCGUGCAGCGUCUGAAGUGAAGGAGAUUGUUACCGCUCGUCCAGAGCCUUUGAUAAGCAGCGUCCUGGCCACUCCUUCGCAUACCGUGUCAGGGCAAGACUUCGGCCAGAUCAACACUAGCUUCAGUCCACUCGCGCAGGACCCCCAUUCGAGGCCGGCCAGUACUCUGCCGUCUCCCCCACUUUCCCCAGGGAGCCGCCGUAUGUCCGUCACGUCAGCUGCGUCUGUCCGCCGAGCACGGUCACGAUUGGCGACAUUGAGCGACACCGACGCUACCGUCCAGAAUGUGCCCGCUUCAACCGAGCGUGCCCCCUCGGCGUCGCGAACUCCGAAGGGGCUCUCUUGGCAUUGUCGGGUGUGUCUGAAGAACCCGUGCACGGAGCCUACUGCGACAAUGUGUGGACACAUAUUCUGCCACAGUUGUAUCAUUAAGGAGAUUGCAACGAAUAUGCAAUGUCCUGUAUGCAAGAAGUCCAUGCUGUUAAGACUGCACGUCGAGACGGACUAG